CUGUAUGGGUUAUUGGUGUCAGUAUCUGACAUGGUAUAGGCGGAGUCUAUUGGUGUAGUAUCAAUUUGUCCGAUACAAAAAGCAAACAUCGGGGAUAGAGUGAGGUAAGAAAUUAAGAACAAAAUGCCGGAAAGUGGCAAACCUGCGCACCACUGAUACUUCGUGGAUGUUAAGAUGACGUCAUUGUGGACACUAUAUAUUUGUUUGAGUUGGUGUCUCCGGCACGUGCUUUCUCUCGUGCCUUGUAACAAUGCGUCACUUCCUGGAUAUUGUUACGAGGGAUGGCACUGCUGUGAUAAUGGUUGGUGCUGCUCCGAUGAUUUCAUAUGUGGUGACAACCGAUGUAUCUACCUCAAGGGUCUGUAUGUACCUAUCGGGAUCGCUGUGAUAUCGAUAUGUAUUGGAUUAUUUGUCUUUUUGCAUCAAAUGCGUAAAAAGAAGAAGUUUGAUCUGACAAAUAGGCUGACCAAUUCAUCAAAGGAAAAGUUACGAGAUCCCGAGGUCCUAUUGAAUGAGCAUUUUUAACGGAGCUUAUUACUGAACUUAUUAGAUCACAAGUGGUCACGUGACACCAUACUAACUUUUCCUAAAGAAGGCCCCACAGCCUUGUCUUUGAGACUUUGACGUUGUGACGUAAUGUCGUAAUAUAACGUCACUGAUCGAUAUUGACAUACGCACUUACGGUUUGGUCAAAUGUAUCCGAGUAACAUCUUAUAUUGUAUAAUAUGUAACUGGCCUAGAUUAUGUAAAUGGGUGGUCAUCUUACAAGCCAGGUAAGCUUCACCUUAUGGUAUAUAAUAUACUCAGGUAUAGCUUUAUGUUAGUAAUGGAAUGAUCCGCUAUGUUACAUGGACUAGAAGAUGGUUAGAAAUUAUGUAUCUGUUGAUCACAGAGAAAUAUUAAAAGCGUGAUAACAUUGUCCUGUGUAAUGCUUAUAAGAUAAGUGAUAAAAAAUAUCUAAAACUCAUUUUUAUUUCAUAUGAGAUGUUAGUAACCUCGCUUCGAGAGUUUGAUCUUUGCUCGCCACGGCUCAAAAAAGUAAUUUUUAAUGCUAUAUGGAAUAAUGAAAAACACAAUGAGAUAAAAACGAAACUGUAGUUACAGUGGAAUUAUAUUAGUUAUAUCAUUCAGAAUAUACUUCUGUUAUACAUGUGUGUAAACAACCUGAAUUCCUUCUGGCCUAAUAUAACAUAAUAUUACACCUGUUAAAAGAUAUGAAACAUUUAAUUAAUGGCGGAAAGGGGAUACUUGUAUAUGCUUUACCAAUGUAAGGUUGUUAUGGUGUUAUAGUGUGACAAUAUUUUGUGUUUUUGUUGAAUAAAUGAUAAUCAACUGA